AUGAGUCGAAAGAUCAAGGGGUUGUUGGUAGACGGAGCGAAAUUCACGGCUAGUGGAGAUCUAGAGAAGGCCGUGCAAUGCUACGCGACUGUAUUGGAUUUGGAGUCUCAAAAACCGGAGCCUUAUGUGCUUCUAGCCAGGUGUUUAUAUCGUAUUGGACUUAAGAAUAAUGAUAUGUUUGGUGGAGGAGGUGAAGAAGACCAAAGUUCGAGUGAGGAAGAAGAAGAAGAUGAUGAUGCGGAUGAAGAGGAUGAGACAGAACAGGCACCUGCUGUGAACUCUCAACUGUAUCAGUUUGACCAUGAGGAAGAAGAUAUGGAGGGUGGAAAGGAGGAAUUAUAUCAAGAGGAUAUAGAGGCGGGCGAGGAUCAGCCAGGCGAGGAGUUAGAAGAAGCUAUGUCACCAGAGGACGGUUUCGGCAACUAUCUAGAAGGUGACGUAUUCGAAAAUGCUAUGGAGUUGCUAUACCGAGCUCGUAUCAUGUACAUGGACUCAUCGAAACCGUCGGAACAACUACCGGCAAAAAUUCAGACAAGGCUUGUGGAGAUAUACGAAUUGCUUGGUGAUAUCGAUCAGGAACUAGAGGAUUUCGCGCAAGCAGUUAGAGAUUACGAAGAGGCGAUAAGGAUGUGCAAACAGGUAUUGGAGAAAGACUCUGAGAGAGUCUUAGAGAUUUACAUGAAAUUAGCAGAAGCUUUAAGGUGGCUCGAUACAGAGAACUACGAAAACAUGACGCGAGAACAACACAAGGAAUACCUAUUACAAAUAUUAGGUAUGCUAAAGAACAGAAUCAAGCAUCAAAAAUCUAGCGAUAUUGAAGAAGAUGAAGGCCGUUUGGAAAGAAUUACAGAGGAUUUACAAACCCUGAAAGCGGGAAAAUCAGCGGCAACACCGUUCAACAAAGAAUUAAUGAUGCAAGCAAUACUGAAACAAGCAUUAGAGACCACUCAGCAGGGGAAAGUCAAUGAUUUAUCAAAGAUUGUGAAGAAAAAUAAGAAGAAAACACUCAAGAGGUGA